AUGUCAUCCGCAAGCGGUGUGCAACUAACUCUAGACGAUCUCCUCCAAACACCAACUUCUCAGAGUAUUCCAGCUGAUAUUGUGGAGUCGAUAUUAUCACAACCACCGUUCCUACAAAUUCCGUAUGCGCUGAAUCUUCGUACAAUAUUGACUCUUUUGCUCCCAUCAAAUCGGGUCUUUUGCUCUGGUUCUGUCUCAUUUCCCGUCUUCCUCACUUGCUCUUCUGUCGCCUCAAUACAAUGUCAAGACUAUAUACUCAACCAGUUAGAUAACAUAGAAAUAAUUCGAGAUGAAGGAAAUGGCAAUAGUGUAGUCAGAAACAUAUCAAAAGCCGGCUUCGCAUGA